CAGCCGCAGCGACCGCCCGGCGGAGCAGGGGGAGCCGCGAGCGGGCGGAGCGGGCGACUCCCUGGCCAGGCGGCGGGCGCGCGGGCGCCGGGACGCGAAGCAGGUCACCCCCGCGGCUCUCGGAGCGGAGGAGCUCGGCGGCCCCGGGACGCGCCCGGCAGGUUUAAGAAAGAGUCGAACUCUCCUGACCAAACAGCAAAAAUCAAGUGAUUGCCAACACUGGGAAUCAUGGCACUGCCGUUCCGAAAGGACUUGGAAAAGUACAAAGACCUGGAUGAGGACGAGCUCCUCGGGAACCUGUCAGAGACAGAACUGAAGCAGCUGGAGACGGUUCUGGAUGAUCUCGAUCCUGAGAAUGCCCUCCUGCCUGCGGGCUUCCGGCAGAAGAACCAGACAUCCAAGGCGGCCACGGGGCCCUUCGACAGAGACCACCUGCUCUCCUUCCUGGAGAAGGAGGCGCUGGAGCACAAGGACAGGGAGGACUACGUGCCCUACACUGGGGAGAAGAAAGGAAAAAUAUUCAUCCCUAAACAGAAACCUGUGCAGACUUUCGCAGAAGAAAAAGUAUCUCUUGAUCCAGAAUUAGAAGAAGCUUUGACAAGUGCUUCUGAUACAGAAUUGUGUGACCUUGCAGCCAUUCUUGGAAUGCACAACUUGAUCACGAAUACCCAGUUCUGUAGUAUAGUGGGCAAUAGUAAUGGUGUCGACCAAGAACAUUUUUCAAAUGUGGUCAAAGGUGAAAAGAUUCUUCCAGUAUUUGAUGAACCACCAAAUCCUACCAAUGUUGAAGAGAGUUUAAAGAGAAUUAAAGAAAAUGACAUGCGUCUUGUUGAAGUUAAUUUGAAUAAUAUUAAGAAUAUCCCAAUUCCAACCCUAAAAGAUUUUGCCAAAGCUUUGGAAACCAACACACACGUGAGAGCGUUCAGCCUUGCAGCCACCCGGAGCAACGACCCCGUCGCUGCCGCUUUUGCAGACAUGCUCAGAGUGAACAAAACUUUGAAGAGCUUAAAUUUGGAGUCCAACUUUAUUACAGCAACCGGCGUCUUAGCACUGAUCGAUGCUUUAAGAGAUAAUGAAACCCUGUCAGAGCUCAAGAUUGACAACCAGAGACAGCAGUUGGGGACAGCUGCAGAAUUGGAAAUUGCCAAGAUGCUUGAGGAGAAUACAAACAUCCUUAAGUUUGGAUAUCAGUUCACACAGCAGGGACCCCGGACCAGAGCAGCUAAUGCCAUAACGAAGAACAAUGACUUAGUUCGCAAGAGACGAGUGGAAGGUGACCACCAGUAGGCCUUCCCUGGCCAGAAGGGGAAAGACUGGAAAGCUGUUUUUAACUGCAUUUAUUCCUCAUUUAAGUUGUUGCCAGUUUCAGGUUAUAAAGAUAGAUGAUAAUUUUGUAAAGCUUUAUUUCUACUUUCAGCUACAGUUUUAUUUUAGCUUCAUUGAAUAGUCUUAUGAGUCAGGUUAAAAAAUACAGUUUUACGGGCUGGAGAGAUAGAACAGUGGGUAAGACGCUUGCCUUGCACAUGUCCUAUCCAGGUUCAAUCCCCAGCACCCCAGAUUGGCCCCUGAGCACUGGUGGAUGUGAACAAACACACACACACACACACACAAAUACUCCGUUGUAAGAAGUUUCUAAAGUCAUGAAUGUAGAGAGUUUAAUUUAAGGAUUAAUCUUUUUUAAAAUCAAAAAGGGACUUUGGGGGACUGGAGCAAUAAUACAGCGGGUACAGCGUUUGCCUUGCACACGGCCGGCUCGAAUUCGAUUCCCACCAUCCCAUAUGGUCCCCUGAGCAUUGCCAGGAGUCAUUCCCGAGUGCAAAGCCAGGAGUAACCCCUGCGCAUCACCGGGUGUGACCCGAAAAGCAAAAAAAGGGGUGGGGACUUUGGGGGUCCAGCGAGAUGAUACAGGGUUUAGGGCAUUUGUCCUGUACACAGCCAGCCUUGGUUUGAACCCAGGCACCACAGAUCGUGCCACCCUUUACCACUGCCAGGGAUUGAUCCUUAAGCAUUGCUGGGUGUGGCCCACACCCCAAAAUAAAAAGGGACUUUGCCUGUAGCAGACUUGGCCCAAAUACAGUGUAGACACAGUCCCAUGAUCUAGAACACAUGAACUGGGCCUUGUAACUUAAAAGUCUUGUAAGUCACCACCCCACUGUGGAGGCCUUCAGCACCUGUUUGCAUUGUGUCAGUGGCUGUGGCCAGGAUCGGAGCUUAUCAUGCAUUGAGACAUUCCUCUCUAACACCCCUCACCUCUGUAACAGGGUGGCAGAGAGCCCUGUGUGGGUGGGAAAGCCAUUUUCUUCCCCCACAAAGGCAGGCCGCAGUGCUCCGUCAUUUGGGAGAAGAGAAAAAAACAUUCGUGCAGCCCAUGGAAUCCUGGUGGGAUUUGACCUGGGGAGCGGGCAGGCAGGGGCACCACAUACAGCCGCUGAGCUCAGGGACGAAACUCUCCCUCAUCCCAGCCCAACAGGAAAAUGACUCUUCAGAAAGGUUAAGUCCUAUGACCUGUAUUCUUUGCUCAGAUUUAAAAAAAAAAAAAAAAAAUACCUGCACCAUGCCAGAUUUGAGCUAUCCUCUGGCUCAGUGCUAAAGCAGACCGUGUCUGGCCAGGGGUGCGACCCUGCUCUCACUUACGGGAAGGAUUUUGUCACCCUUUUUGAAAUUGGAAAUUUGUCUGCCAGAAAAGUUCAGCGACAGGCAGUUUCUUAGGGUGGUUUAUUACAGCCCCGCCCAGCAGGCAAAGGCUUCGAAGGUCGGGGGGAUGUGCUUGUAUUUUAAAUCAGUAUCCAGUGUUUCAAAGGGGCUGGGAAUCAUCUCUGUACUGCCUUACAGGAAAGGCUGAUUUUUCAAGUUAGCAGCAGUGUAACUACCCGCCACUUCCCACUUUUUUUUUAUUUGGCCAUAGCCAGUGGUGCUCAGGGCUUACUCCUGGUAGGGCUCGGGGAAUCUUAAGGGAUGCAGGGGAAUGGACCUGGGGUGGCCAUGUGCAGGGCAAGGGCCCACCCCACUUUCCAUAUGCCGCUCUGAGUGUGAGUCCAGGCCCUGCUAGGCCUGUCCUCAGGGCUUCUCUGCAGUGACCUAUGUGGAAACCAUGGCCUCCCUGCCACAAAGAUGAUGCUUUGUAAAACAGCAGUGGGUGGUCCCCACCUACAAGUGCUCAGACCACUUGGGGGUAAUAGCUUUUUCACUCAGCUGUUUAUCAGAGUAUGAAGGACUUGGGUAUUUUGUUUGAUCUGAGCUGUAGUCAGUCACCUCACUACAGAAAAUUGUCUUAAGUUCCAAGUCAUCAAGCCCUGGAAUGAACAGGAGGUGAAUUUUUUUUACAAAUUGAAAACUACAAGCCUCAUCGAAAGAAACAAAGAUAUUGUAGAAAAUAGAAAUAUUUGUAUGUUUAUGAAUUGGAAGAAUAAACAUUGUUUAAAAAAAUUGUCUUAAGAAUAAUGAGAGAAAACUUGUUUACUUUGAUCUUUAAAAACCUGGCACCUCUUUUUGGUAGUUUUGGACAUUUCUAAAAUUUGAUCAUUGAAAUAGUCUUUUUUUAAACCAAGCAUUUUCUAAAACAUUUUGUAAUCUAAUUAAACUUAUCAAAUAAUUUUCUUUGUAUUUUAUAACUGUUAUUUUAAAACUUUUUAAUUGCCCAUUUUAUAAAAUUUGAUGUUCAUAUUUGCCUGGAGUUCUAUUUUUUCCAGUAUUUCUACCUGAAAUUUUACGGAUUUUGGUGCUAUAAAUAUGUGGCUAAAGGCUAGAAAUCUAAAAUAUACGUAAAAUACAUUCCCUAAGGGUGCCUGUCAUUUAAAAGACCAAAUGAACAUUUUUUGUUAAAUAAACUAGAUUGUUAAAGAUU